CUUCGAUGCGCUGCUAGGCAACGGGACAGGCCGCGAUGGAGAGCGUCAUGCUGCUGAUCGGCGCCGCUCUGCUUGUCGUCUCCGUCCUGUUCUUGUUCAGCCACGGAGCCAAGAGGGCGCGGUUCGUGUCCAUGGUGAACAAACUGCCGGGUCCACCGGCUUACCCAAUCAUCGGCAACUCUCUGGACAUGGUGGUACCUCGCAACCGCCUGUUCGAGGUGUUCCAGGGGCGGACCCAGAGGUAUGGACCACUCUUCAGAGUCUGGGCGGGGCCCUUUGCGCAGGUCAACAUUUCUAGGCCAGAACAUGUCGAAGUGGUCCUGCAUGACACGAAACAUAUCGACAAGUCCAUCUACUACUCGUUUCUUCAUCCCUGGCUUGGAGAGGGGCUUCUUACCGGAACAGGAGCAAAGUGGCACUCGCACAGGAAGUUGAUCACACCAACUUUCCACUUCAGAAUUCUUGACAUAUUUGUUGAAGUCUUUGUUGAGAAGAGCGACAUCUUGGUGAAGAAACUGUUGUCUAAUGGUGGAGGGAAGGAUUUUGAUAUUUAUCCUUUCAUUACACACUGUGCACUUGACAUCAUAUGCGAGACUGCUAUGGGGAUACAAAUGAACGCUCAGGAAGAAAGCCACUGCGAAUAUGUGAAGGCGAUUUAUGAAGUCAGCGAGUUGACAAUGCAGAGAGCAAUGCGACCAUGGCUGCACCCAAAAGUAUUUUUUGACAUGACUACCCUGGGGAAAAGAUAUGUACAGUGUCUCAGUGUUCUUCAUGGCUUCACCAACAAAGUAAUACAGGAGAGGAAAAGUCUAAGACUAAAUGGCACAACUGAAACCACAACUUCAACAGCAGACGAUGGGAUUCUUGGCAAGAAAAAGAGGCUGGCAUUCCUGGAUCUGCUGUUAGAAGUUUCUGAAAAUGGAGCAAAGAUGUCAGACGUGGAAAUUAGAGAAGAAGUCGACACUUUCAUGUUUGAGGGACAUGACACGACAUCAGCUGGCAUCUGCUGGACCCUGCUGUUACUUGGGUCACAUCCCGACAUACAGAACACAGUGUACGAGGAGCUGGACCACAUCUUCAAAGGGUCAGAGCGCUCCAUCACCAUGCGGGAUCUCAACGAGAUGAAGUAUCUGGAGAGGGUUAUCAAGGAAGCCCUGCGACUCUAUCCCAGUGUACCGAAUAUCGGAAGGAUACUGAAAAAGGACACUAAAAUAGGGGACUACCUUGUACCGGCAGGCUGCAUGGUCAAUCUUCAGAUCUUCAACGUGCACCGUAAUCCUGACCAGUACCCAAACCCUGAAAAUUUUGACCCAGACAACUUCCUGCCAGAGCGAGUAGCAAAGAGGCACCCCUAUGCCUACAUCCCCUUCAGUGCUGGUCCAAGGAAUUGCAUAGGUCAGAAGUUUGCUCUAUUGGAAGAGAAGACGGUGCUGUCGAGCAUCCUGAGAUGCUUCAAGGUCCACGCAGUUGAGAACUGGAGAAAUCUCACCCUGUUAAAUGAACUUAUUCUGAGGCCAGAAAGUGGCAUCAGGGUGCGACUGUCGCCGCGGGCAAUUACUAUUUGCUGAUCUCAUGCCAUGUAGCUGAGAUAGAAAAACGAAGAGAACAGAAGCAACAUUUGUGUUCAAGCAACCUCAACCCUUAUGCCACCUGUAGGACACUUUCUUCAGUUUGUCAUACAACAAAGCCCAAUGCAUGUUGCAUCAUGUAACUUACCAUAAUUGUUACCUUCAUCAAACAAUAGGAAAGAAUUUCACAAACUUUUUCACUUACAAUAGGACAACCAGGGUGCCUCAGUGAAUACAGUGAUUAGGAAUGAACCACCCUACUGAUUAGUGCUUUCUAACAAACCUGAGCAGAUGCCUCCCACUUUUUCACCUGAGGAUGGCAAGAGAUCCACUUCCCAAAACGCUGUGUUUUUUUGAAAAACUUAGAAAAGGACGAAGUAAAAAAAUUCAGUAAUCCAAGGUGUAAUAUACCAGUCAGAACCCUUUAGAAAUAAUACCUCAUUAAGUGCUGACAGUAACACUUUUCGUACAGUACUUCUUACAUAUUGAAAAGUUAUCAGCAUCCAUUUAUAGAAUUAAAGUCAGUGAGAACUUAAAGAGGUUCGUUCAUUGACUCUGCAGUUGGAGCCAUAUCUGAAUAUAUUUCCCUGAUGGAUUCACACAACACAGAAGCAUAUACUUGUCACUUACAUUUGACUCUACAAUUAUUAUUGGUAGAUGAAUUUCUCAUACUCAGAAUUUGGGUCUCCAUGAUCAUUACUGUGUUGCCUCUUUAACUGUAAUUUAAUUUUUCUGAAUGUAAAUAAUAAU